AUGCUCCUCGAGGACUAUCACAUUGUCAACGACAUUCAGAAGAUCCUUCCACUGAAUAUGGAGACAAAUGAGGAGUUUAAUGGAGCCUUUUCGAUGGAUCCAGGGACACCAACGACUCCCAUCGAUGGGGGCAAUGGUUUUUGCUGGUCUCCAGAGUUCUCCACGUCCAGUCCACGUGACUGGGAUCACAUGAGUAAUGUCUUUGAGUAUCCGCCGACAGGACGAGUGGGGGCUCUCACCAUUGGCAUCAACUCUCCAGGAAGCACCGGCAGUGAAGUCAACACUCCAACCUCCUGGGCUGGUCAAGACUUCAACGACUACUCGAACGACGGGGCCAGGCUGCCGUCCGUGGGUACCGCCUUCUCCUUCUCAAGGAAUUUCUGCAACAGCUACUUCGAUGAGCAGUCGAACUACCGGGAGUUUACUCGGGAUUAUCAGGACUGCUCGUAUGGAAAGGUGCAGUUGAAUUCACAGAGUGAACAGGGACAACUCGAGGAGGCGAGGAGCUUCAGCAAUGUUCAAGCUGUUGAGGAGUUUGAUCUCAGCUUCAUCAGGGGUGACCCCACGAAUUUAUUCGCUGAGGGGAAUCAGGAUGGCUUUGGUAAUGGUAAUGAUCAGUGCUAUCCGGUGGGACAUUUGGUGACGAAUCCUCUCAGUGAUCAGAAUUAUCGGAUUAAGGAGGAGGUUGAUGAUUCUAAUCAAGUCGUCGUGAGCCAGCAAGAGGCUUUGAUGCUCGAGAAGUGUAACAAUGGGGCACCCAGCCGUAAAUACAGUCCAGAAGGAAAUCUGAUUUAUCAAUGUCGUUGGCUCGACUGCGGCUGCAUUUUCGCUGACCAAGGGAGUCUAGUGAAACACAUUGAGAAACGUCACGUGGAGUCAUCGGCGAAUAAUGCACACGGUGGGAAGAGAUCCAAGGAUAAAGACAGGGAUGGCUGCAGUGGGCAGGAUAUAUUCACGUGUCUGUGGAAAGGCUGUCCAAGGGGUAAACCCUUCAACGCCAGGUACAAAUUACUCAUUCACAUGAGAGUGCACAGUGGUGAGAAGCCCAACAAGUGUGAUUUUCCAGGGUGCAAGAAGGCUUUCUCUCGUCUGGAGAAUCUGAAGAUUCAUCAGAGGUCUCAUACGGGGGAGAGACCCUACGCUUGCCAGCAUCGGGGAUGCUCGAAGGCCUUCAGCAACAGCAGUGACAGGGCUAAACAUCAGAGGACUCAUUUUGAUACGAAACCUUAUCGUUGUACUGCUGAUGGCUGCAAUAAACGCUACACUGACCCCUCGAGUCUACGAAAACACGUGAAAAAUCACACUGAAACGUCUGCAACACAAGAAACUAAACCCCAGAAAACAAAUUUCGAGGGGUCACCAAGUGAUGAGAAUAAGGCAGCGAUGGACCCCGAGUGCGGGGUUUAUGAUGAUGACAAACAUUUUGCCAGCAUCACUGGGGACUGGACCAAGCUGGAGGUCAUUGACGAGAGUCAGCCUGAAUUCGUGCCUUUCGAGUCUGUUGCUAGGAUUUUGGGGGAUGACGACAGCUGCAUUGUCGGAUUGGAUAGUGGUUACGCUGACUUUCAAGAGCUCAGUCCAGAGAUUGAGCGACAAUUCCUGGAUCUCAAUAAUCUGGACGAGACUGACUUUGCGUGA